AUGCCUAUCCAUCCCGAGCAGCGAGCAGCCGUUCUGGAAGCACUCAACAAUUCGUCGGCCGUAUCACAAGAGACCAUCGUGGAGCUCACAGCUGCACUUGAUCGCAGGGCUCAGCCGUCCUGGUCGCCAUAUCUCACGACGCCAACAACCCUUUGCGACGCUCUACACAGGCAUGUCUGCCCCCAGUUCCUAGCAACCCGUCUGCCUCUCUUCCAUGGACCAAAUUCUACUGAAUCUAUCGAUCUGGCGGACCUGAUACCUCAAGGUCACGAGAUACGGGUGCAGUUCAGCCAGGGGGUCACCAGCACACUUUCCACGACGUUGCGGGAGUCUAUCGCGUCCUCGCCGCCAUCAACAAGCGAGGGCCAGGCAAACCUCGACAUGUUCCUUCGUACCACCGAGUCGUCCAUUGAGCUAGUCAACAAGGCCCCUUUAGCCUACGAGGAUGACCAGUCGGCGCUGGCACUUGCCACCCUCGCCAUGCCCCUCAACGCCGUCCUUGCUGACACCACGACGUAUGCCGCGGGCAAGGUGCUGGCUUCUACGCCCCGCUGGGUGAGAGCACGACAAGAGGGGGACCGGGGGGUAACAGACUGGGUGUGUGUGACAGGAAACAACAGGGAUGAACUCGUCUCCAAGGCCGUAAACGAGUGGAUGACGCACGGUGUCCUCUCAAACGCCCAACUGUCCGGACUGAGGCGUGUAGCCGCACUGGGGAACAGUGGCUUCUCGUUUGCAGCCACUGCCGCGCCUGGUUCGACAACACUGUCUCCUACUCCCGUUCUUCCUCACCCGCAGCUCCAUCCCAAUGCCCUCAAAGGCACUCUUCAAGUCUGGGUUCAGCUGCAUCGUUACCAAUGUCGAUGGGGGCUGCUUUACAACACCAGCACUAUGGCCGUUUUCUUCCUCGCUUCACCCUACCGACUCCUCAUGGGCGAUCUCAUUGAGCGGGAGGAUGGCCGCUUCCUGCCUGUUCUCACCGUCGCCGGCGCGCUCGUUGCCACCGCGAUCGCCACUGAAAUCCCAGACGGGGCAGACAAGGCGAUCACAUUCCUGCGAUUCGGCUCUGAGGACGCGAGUGGAGCUGUUUCUCAGUCGGUCUCGGGACAGCAGUCGCUUCCACGGAGUAGUACCCCAGCCCCACUGCCGGUGCAACACUCGCGCCACGGUGUUCCCACCAUCACAGAACAAACUGUCGACUUUGACACCUGGUUUGCCAUCACAGCGCACAUCCCCGCCCCAGCUAUACUCUGCCGACAGUUUCAUCCGGCGUCACUGCCUUCUUCCAACCCUGACACCGAGCCAGUCCUUCGACUCGGUGCGCUGCGAGGAAGCGGCUCCGUGUGGACGACGUUUGCGGCGACGCUCAAUGGCACAUUUGAUUCACUCCGAGCGGGCUUCAGAGUCGAACUCGACCCCACCGCGUGGCCACAUCUUCCAACAGACCUGCACGCUACCGAGCCUGCGCUGGUCGCGGGCAACAUGAGCGUUAUUGUCAAGGCCUGCAUUCCGUCGUACAACUGCCCACCCGAGACUACGCCUGUCAAGCUUCUGGAGCGUAUUUCCAACGAGGACGCCAUGUAUAGAGGCCCGUUGGCGGAUCUACACCAGGUCGUCCCCACGUACGCUGGCCUGUUCCGUCGUGCUGGUGCGGCUGGUGAUGCCGUGGAUUCACUUUGGUUAAGUGUCAUGGAGGAUGUGGGCUCCGCAAUUGCGCACGAAUGGCAGGAUGUGCAUGACUUGGACCGCCCUCAUGUGCUCGGCCUGUUUGACACAAUACAUGCGCGUGGCGUGGCGCACGGCGACGUCGAGGUCCGCCACGUACGCUUCCGACACCCAGACACGUUCCGGUUGAUCGACUUUGAUCAAGCGUCUACUGAUGAAGAGAGGGUGGUUUACGAAGGUGUGGAAAUCCGCCUACGUUAG